AUAAUACUCCUUUGAUAUAAAAUAUUUUAUCUGUAUUAACUUAGAUACAAUACAACUAAACACAAAGAUUCUGAAUGUAUUGAAAUAACAAAAUUUUGUGAUAAGCUAGUAAUAUCUUGAUGUGAUAAAGAGAUAUAUAUAUAAUGUGUGUUGAUUCUUUACAAAGUAAUGCUGUGAUAUCAAUUUUGUAGGUUUUUUCAGAAUAUUAUUUAUAAAAUUAGCUUAAUUAAAAUGACUGUAUUAGAAAAAGAAUGGUUUAUUCAAGCUCCAUGGGGUCGUUUGUGCAUAGUUGCAUGGGGCGACUGCUAUGAUCCACCAGUUCUAGUCUGUCCUGGGUCGAAAGACACCGUCAUCAGCUUCAGGCCUCUCAUUGAAAUGUUACCGAAGAAUUUUUAUUAUAUUGGUCUUGACCUGCCAGGCUCUGGUAGAUCAGAUCACAUGCCGCACGGUCUUAUGAUCAGCAUGUAUGACCUUCUGUAUAGCAUCCAAGUCGUCGUGAAACAUUUCAGAUGGGAGAGUUUUAUUUACUUAGGGCAUUCUAUGGGUUGCACUUUAGGUAAGCUAUACGACCUAUCAUAUCCCGGGAAGAUCAGUAAGGCUAUUGAUCUGGACCCAGUCACGUUAGGUGUUGUGUUUCCCGUGGAGUUAUUUCCAAUAUGGUACGAAACGUCAUUAAUUAAAUAUUUUAACGAUUAUAAAAAGUUUAACUCAACAACAGAAGAAAAACCAACUUAUAACGAAGAAAUGAUUGUAUCGAAAAUGAUGAAACGUCGCGGAAUAAGUAAAGAAUUAGCUAGAGAUAUAAUAUCUAGAUUAUCAGAGCCGGCGGGAAAUGGUCUUAUCAGAUAUACCUUCGAUGAACGAGUUAACUUUCCCGUUCAUUCACCAUUCCCGCCUGAACAUCUACUGAAGCUCUUGAAAUCUUUAAAGACACCAACAUUGACAAUAAUAACUGAAGAUUCUGUUAAUGCAAGACAUUUUACAAAGACGCCAUUUUUAUUGGACGAAUCGUUGUUAUCUGAUAACUAUAGAGUGAAGUUAGUCACAGGAUGCCAUGAUGUUCAUAUCGCUGAACCGGGGAAAGUUGCAUCGUUUGUGGGUCAGUUUCUCUUACACGGGUUAAAUGGUUUGGAUAAUAAGGCGAAGUUGUGAUGUUUCUGAAACUGGUUUGGUUGUUUUUAUAUGGGAAAUAUGAUGUAUUAUAUUUUUGUAAAAUGUACAAUUUUUUAUUAAAAUUUGUUUUAUU